UUGGCUAUAAAUGAGGAGGCAGAAGCAGGAAUGGAAAAAGGCAGCUGGGCCUGAGAUCGUGCUCUGGCUCCAGGGCAGGUGUUUCUCCCCAGCAGUCGUUGCCUCUGGUCCACCAUGCCCAAGGUUGUGCUGUUGCUGGUACUGUGGGCUUUGCUGGGGGAUCUGCCAGCAACCGAGGGCCGGACAUCUCCCUAUGCAGUAAAGCUGUGUGGUCGAGAAUUCAUCCGGGCUGUCAUCUUUACCUGUGGGGGAUCUCGAUGGAGAAGGGCUAGGGCAGGGGAUGCCUUUGCUGAGGAGCUGGGGGGUGAGUCCCAGGAGACCACUUCGAUUGAAUGGCUGUCCAGUCCCCUCUUGCCACUGUCCAGGGAGCCUGAAGACUUCUACAGCAGUGUGGGAGGCCCUAGCUGGUCCGGGAUGUCCAGGAGCCGGUCAGAGUCAGAGCCUGAGGCCAGGUCUGGCCAGGGCUUCCUUCGAGGUGGUCGGGAUGUUCUCGCAGGUGUCUCCAGCAACUGCUGCAAGUGGGGCUGUAGCAAGACUGAGAUCAGCAGCCUGUGCUGAGUGACCAUCCCCCCUCUACUCCUCCUGGUUCAAGACUCCAGGUCCCCCCGCUCUCUGCCCCUCCUGGGGCCACGCUCUAGCUCUUGCCUCUCACACUUGUCCCUACUUUGUUCUUCCCUCACUCCAUUUUCCAGUGCUAGACUGGGUUUCCCUUCCCUUCCCUUUCUCUGCUCUACUUUCCUUUCUGGUGUGAGAUUCCAGGUCCUUCCUCUUUCUGUCUGCUCCUUAUUCUCUUCUCCAGACUGCCCCUCUGGCCCAGCCCUAGAUCUGUAUGUAUUAUCACCUCAACUUUGAAUCUCUCCUCUGCCUGGUCCUUGAGCUUACCCUACCCUGAACCUGUUUGGGGAACAGAGCCUGGGGAAAUGGACCCCGCCUAAUUCACCCCACCCAUCACUCUUCUGCUGUUAUUGUGGAUACAAGGAGGACAUCCAUUGUGGGGGUGGUCAUAGAGAGCUCUCCUAAGUCACUGAUUUCCGGUCUAGGUGAAAAAAUUGUCAUACAGAAUUAUUGGAUCAUGGAUUAAAGCUGGACAGGACCUCAGAUGUAUUCCUACAGUUGCAACCUGGGAUUGGCCCAUACAUGAUUGUGAACACUCACAGCCACGCCACACACAGUGAUACCUACAUUACUC